GAAUGUUCCAUCCCGCGUUCCAUUCCCUCCUUCCAAUACUGCAAAGUCUACAACACCUCUGUCUCUCUCUCUCUCUCUCUCAUAUCUUAUCUCCCAAGUUCAUCUCCUCUCCCAAUUCUCCUGCGGUUGUAGCUCCCAACUCCAUGGCUCCUGCCUCCAAUUCUUCACUCUCUUCCACCUCCAAUUCCCAUCUUGAUAAUAGACUGGACUUUGCCUCCAUCGGGUCCCUUGUGUCCUUGGUUGGUCGCCACCUUCACCGGUUCCUCUCGGACCCUGCCACCAGGCAGUCUCUGCAGCUCAAAUGCACCUCAAAUAUUACCAUAUCCAACCAUGGUUGCUUUGAAUUCUCCGAGCAUUCGGUGCUUUCGAACCUCUACUGGGGAAUUGAGAACAUUGAGCUUGCAAUCCAAUCCAAAAGCCAAGAAGAAGGCAAUUCUCGGCUUGCGACAUCCGAGAAGAUGCUCCAGGUACCAGCAUUGCUGGAGGAGGAUGGGAGCAUGGCUGGGAUCGAGAACCGAUACAUCGUUUGCUGCUCCUAUUUCUACCUUUCAUUGGUUAGGAAGCUCCGGGGGGACCAGUGGCAGAUGACCAUGCACUUCCUUCAAUCAGUGUUAGUCUUCCCUUGGCUGGUUAGAACAGAGCUUGCGCCGGGCCUGUGGCGAGCACUUUUUGGCUCUCUGGUGACAAUUGGAGACACCGAGGAAGCGGUGGAUGAGGCGGCGAAGCAGCAAGGGAGGAGGUACAAGGAUUGGUUGAUGUACUAUCAGGUGGUUUCAUAUGGGGAGACUCCUCCAUGGAUUAAGGGAUGCACCGUGGCCGAAAACUGUAGCAGGGAAUUGCAGAAUCUUCAGUACAGAAGUUCUGCAAGCACCAGAUGUCUGAACUCCCUUGAACAAGUGCCUACCUGGCCAAGUUUUCAGAUGGCUCAGAUGGCAUAUCCACCUAAUUCGAAGGAAAAUAUAGAAGUUGAAAAAAUUAAAGCCUCCACAGCCAAUUCAGAGGCAUGUGAAGGUUUUACUAAACCCAAAAAUGAUAACUCCCUUCUGAAAAAUUUGGAUGAGGGUUUUCAUGAAGAAAUCAAUGAAAGCUUUGACAUCAGAUGCCUCCAAGAUAUGCUGGAAGAGUCCCAGUCAGAUUCACCAGUUUCCUUUUAUUCACACGUUGAAUCUACAGAAGCAAGUGAUUCCGAGAUGAGAAUGCAGGGUGAAGAUAUUCCAGAAAAGAUUCUGACAACCUAUGCUGAGCAUUCAGCAUCUAAUACUGGUGAGAGGACCUACCUACCUAAUUACUCACCUCCUGAGUGUCUAGAGACAUCUCCUCCUGAUUGUCCAAGCUAUUCAAUGCAUGUGCAAGUCUGCGAAGCAAAUGCAAGUUGUCUGUUAUCUAGCAGAUCACAUAGUUCGCUCAACAAUUUAAGAUUUUCAAUCUUGGAUCUGAGAGAUGCAGAGACAUAUCCCUUAUUUAACUGUUCUGUAGAAGAUGAGACACCUACAGGAAGAUCACCAACACAUGAUUUAAGAUGCUUUAGCAAUUUCUCAUCCAAAUUUAGAAAGAAAUAUAGCAUAUCUGAAUUGGUUCCUCGAGGAAGUAUUGCCAAGAGGAAAGUAAACUUUUCAAACAGUGAGAAAGACUGGAGUGAUGAAAGCUCAGAUUAUGGAAAAGAUAAUCACUCUGAACUACUGGGAAGAUCUGAAAAGGCAGUUUCAGUUCUAUGUUUCUCAGAUGGUCCAGGAAAAUGUGAAGAUGCUGAUGUGGAAGUUUCAACUAUAUGGGAAUUGCUCAACACUAAGAAAGAGGUUAGAUAUGGCUCAGUAAAGCAAGAAAUUCUUGACCAAUUACUGCACAUCGUUUCAACUUCUAAAAAGGAGAAACUCAUUAGGGCAUCAGUAUCUAUGCUUUUACUUCUAAUAUCAGAAGACAAAGCAGUUAUAGAAGACAUUAAGAAAAAGGAUUUACAUCUGAGUAAAUUGGCCAGUGCAUUGAAGAGAAAUGUGCAAGAUGCUGCUAUUCUUAUCUAUUUACUAAGUCCAUCUCCUACAGAGAUAAAAGGUCUAGAGAUUCUACCAGCACUAGUGGAGGUUGCUUGCAACUCCGAUGGUCAGAAGAAGGGGUCUUUGUCACUUCCUUUAACACCAACAUCAGCAUCAAUAGCCUUGAUUGAAGUAUUAGUAACUGCAUUUGAUUAUGUAACAAAUAACAUGCACUUGGCAGCUAUUAGUUCUCCUCAGAUUCUCUCUAAGCUUGUAAAUGUUGCAAUGAACAAGAAUCUAGCAGAAGGUGUGGCUUUGGCAGCGAUUCUUGUUAGGUGCAUGCGUCUGAAUGGUAAUUGCAAAAAGUUUCUGUCACAAGUUACUCCUGUGGAUCCAUUUCUCUAUCUUCUGAGAAGUAAUGAGAGGCGUGCAAAGUUUGCUGCGCUUGAAUAUUUCCAUGAGAUUCUUCGCAUGCCACGGUCAUCAGCCAUUCAUUUACUCCAUCAGAUACGACAGCAAGGGAGUAUCAGCAUUAUGCACACAUUAAUGACCUGUAUCCAACAAGCUGAAGUUGAACAUCGACUUUUGGCAGCAAAUCUUCUGAUUCAAUUGGACAUACUGGAACAUUCAAGUGGUAAGAGUGUAUUCAAAGAAGAGGCAAUGGAAGUCCUAUUAGAAUCAGUUGCAUCUGAAGAAGACGGCAGCCCACAGACACUAGCUGCUUUUAUUCUUUCAAACCUUGGAGGGACUUAUUCCUGGACAGGGGAACCAUAUACAGCUGCAUGGCUAGUAAAAAGGGCAGGGUUGACAUCGGUAAAUCAUAGGCAUAUGAUCAGAAAAGUUGACUGGUUUGAUCCCUGUCUACAGGAUGGUGAAUCAAAUGCAUGGAGUGCCAAGACUGCAAGAGGUGUCAUCAGAAUUGGGCGUUCUGUCUUUAAUGCUUUGGCAAGGGGAAUUCAAAGCAGGAUAAAGAGUGUUUCACGUAACUGUCUCAUAUGUAUCACAUGGCUUGGAAGUGAAAUGGCAGUCAUGGGUCCUAGCAGCAUCAGAUAUUAUGCCUGUGGGAUUUUGUUAAGUGAAAUAGCACGAUUCCUCCAUCCAGGGUCGGAGCUUGAUGACCGAAUUCUGGCAUGUCUUUCUGUGUAUAAUUACACAUCUGGUAAAGGAAAGCAGAAAUUAAUGAAUUUCUCAGAAGGUUUACGAGAAUCGCUUAGACGUCUCUCAGGUUACACAUGGAUGGCCGAGGAAUUACUAAAAGUUACUGAUUAUGUUCUUCCUACCAAACCACAUGUGUCUUGUGUACAUACACAAAUUCUGGAAGUAGGUCAUUCUGGAAGUGGAGCAGCAACUGCUCUUAUUUUCUAUAAAGGGCAGCUUUGUGCCGGAUACUCGGAUGGCUCGAUUAAGGUAUGGGACAUCAAGGGACAAAGAGCAAUGUUCGUAUUGGAGGUCAAGGAGCACAAAAGGCCUGUAACCUGCUUUACACUUUUUGAACCAGGGGAUAGCCUCUUAAGUGGAUCCUUUGACAAAACUGUCAGGGUUUGGAAGAUGAUACAAAGGAAAUUAGAAUGUGUUGAAGUUAUAGAGAUGAAGGAUCCCAUUCAAAAAGUAGACAGUUGUGGGGACAAAAUUCUUAUAGUUACACAGAGCAACGGUCUCAAGGUGUGCCAUGCAUCAAGGAGCAUCCAGACUACAUGCAAGAAUAAGCAUGUUAAAUGCCUAUCAGUAAUCCAGGGCAAAAUCUACCUUGGGUGCACAGAUUCAAGUAUACAGGAGGUAGAUAUAAUGGAAGACAAUAAGACAGAGAUCAGACCACCUACAAAAAGCUGGAGAUUGCAAAAUAAACCAAUAAACUCUAUUCUGAUAUAUAACGGAUGGGUUUACUGUGCAGGCGCUGUUGUUGAAGGAUCUAGUAUGAAGGAAUGGAGAAAGCACUGCCGACCUCAAGUUUCAAUAGCAAUGGAAAGGGGAACAAAUGUGCAAGCAAUGUCAGUGGUGGAAGACUUCAUUUACUUGCACUGCAGCUCAUCCCCAUGUAUAAUUCAGAUCUGGUUGAGAGGAAUGCUGCAGAAAGUAGGUAGAUUAUCAGCAGGUAGCAAGAUAACAAGCCUUCUAACAGCAAAUGAUAUUAUUUUUUGUGGUAGUGAAACUGGAUUGAUAAAGGGCUGGAUUCCUCUCUAAAGGACACUAGAACAAUGCAUAUGGAAGCUAAAGGUUAUACAUGUUUCAUAACAACUAGGCAGAGAGAAUGUAAAAAGGAUAGGAUACUGUAAGUUAAUUCAGUUCACAAGACCAAAAUAAUGUGCUUCACGUCCAGCAAUUACAAAGUCACAAGGUUGUAUCAUGAAAUAAAAUGUUUUGUUGUUGAUGAAUAAUGAGCAUGUACAUUUAUUCAGCUUUGAUUUAUAUGUGUAUCAUAGUUGAAGCUUGAAACAUGCGGUUAUUUAUGUGUUUGAAGGAUGUGUUGAAAAAGAACGGUUUGUUGUUGA